UCACCCAUUACCCGCUUAUAAAUCGCUUUUCUUUCGGUUUCCUCCAACCCGCAACUUUUCCUUCUCCGUUCACAUUCAGGCUCCCCAUCCGGCUUUCUCGCGCGAGCCUCCGGUCACACGUCCGCUCGCCAACCGCUUUUGUGGGCGGUACCUUUUUUUCCCUCCCUUUUUUUUUAUUUUUUUUGAAAACACUUUUCCGUUAUUUCGUUUUAUCGAUAUGAGGAAACAUCAACAAAGCGACAAAUCACGUGAACAUCUCGAUAGCCACUGGUUAACUUUUUUGGGCGGGCGAUUCGAAUGGUCUAUAAAAGGGAAGGUUCUCGGCAAAAUCUAUUUGUGGGUGUGAGCGGAUGGUUGGUGUGCUUGGUGUCGUUGUGGUUACUGUUGCCGAUUCGGUUGUGGGUAUGGAUCCUAUAGUCGCCCUCAUCGGACAGCUGAUGUUUACGUUGCUGGCUUGCCAGACGCAGCUGCUUCUUGCUUACCGGCGCUAUUCAGCCCAACGCCGCAGAGCUGCAGCCAGGAUUCUGUUCCAGGAUUCAGUCUCCACCGUCGCCUGGACGCGCUCCAGAAUACGGCGCCGGCAGCGCUUCCAACAUUGGUUCCUGCUUGCGCAGAUGGAGGAGCCACGGCAGCACUGGGUAUACCCGAGAAGCACCGACUGGUGGGAGAAUAUCGUGUUGGUGCACUGGGAUGACCGUCGGUGGAUGCGCCGCUUCCGGAUGUCCAAGAGGACCUUCAUCGACUUGGUGGAAGCCCUGCGUCCAAGGCUGCAGCGUCAAAACACCUCCCUUCGCUCUGCAAUAUCGGUGGAGAGACGAGUCGCGGUUGCAAUUUGGUGGCUGGCCAGCGGAACAAGCUACCAGGUGGCGAGCGAUCUGUUCGGGAUUGGGAAGUCAACGGUAGCCUCCGCGGUGGUCGAGUUCUGCCUCGCGGUCGAGGUGGAACUUCUAUCGAAGACUGUCUCCUUCGGAAGAGCGAUUGGACAGAUAAUGGACGGUUUCCGUAGAAUGGGUUUCCCGCACUGUGUGGGAGCUAUUGAUGGAACGCAUAUCCCAAUCUGCGCUCCUGGAGGCCGCCCAGAUCAGUACGGCAACCGCAAGAACUAUUCCUCGAUUCUGCUCCAAGGCACAGUUGAUCACCGGGGAAGAUUUGUGGACGCCGAGGUGGGGUGGAGUGGGAAGAACCACGAUGCCUUCGUGUUUGCCCACUCCGCCUUCUGUGUUGCCAUGGAUAGUGGCUCACUAAUUCCGGGAAACCCUUUCAUGGUGGUGGACGGUGUAAGAAUACCCCCGGUGGUCAUUGCCGAUGGAGCCUACCCCAUGCGUAGGUGGCUUAUGAAGCCCUACGGGAGAACGGCAACCACACAAGCUCAGAAAAUGUUUGACACCCGCCUAUCGCGAGCCAGGAACGUGGUGGAAUGUUGUUUCGGAAGACUGAAGGCCAGGUGGAGGUGUCUGUCACACCGCCUCCAAGUUAGGGAGCACAACGUCAUCGCUGUGGUGACAGCAUGUGUUGUUUUGCACAACCUCUGUGAAAGCCGGGGACAUCCCAUCACUGGCCGCGGAGCAGCCCCAGAGACAAUACUUGUUUCUCAUGGAGAGGGACAAGAGUUGACCACCCAUCACAGGCAUCUUGCCGAAGGAAAGGUGGUUAGGGAUGCCCUGGCCAAGUAUAUGGGCCUAGAUUCGACAAGUUGA